AUGGUUUAGACCCCGCGCUUCUCAGAGGGAUCCAACUGGCUGCUUCAAUAUCCUUCUGCUCUGACCUCUGCCUGGCCCACAGUCUCUGCACAGGAAAUUACAAAGUCUGUCCAGUAUCUUGAUAACCUUGUUUGGUCAUCAGCUUCCACUCCAUUUCCUGCACAAGCCUCCUGAUUUAGAGCACAGAGAAGUGUCUUCUGGCAUCACUCUACCCCAGAAAGACUCUCCCCUUCAGCACAAGUCAGCUCUCCACCUAUGACCAGAAGAAUGGAAGAAAGGGUCACCACUGCAGAUUUUCUGAGCAAAGGUACAGAUGUCACAGCCUGGGGGACUGGACUCACAGCAAAGAAUGGAAGUGACCAGGCCCCCUCUAAAUGUGGCAAGGCAACCCUGGCCCUAAAUGUGCUGGCCUUCCUCAUUGCCCUGGUCGGGCUGGCAGGAAAUGCUGUUGUGUUCUGGCUCCUGGGAUUCCGCAUGAAGAGGAACGCCUUCUCUGUCUACAUCCUCAACCUGGCGGGAGCCGACUUCCUCUUCCUCUGCUGCCAGAUUGUGCAUUCCCUGCAAUCAUUCAUCAAGCACUCCUGUUCCAUCUCCGGAUCCAUCCCCUACUUUUUCAUCAGUGUGUCCAUCUUCGCCUACAUCUCAGGCCUGAGCUUUCUCUGUGCCAUUAGCACAGAGCGCUGCCUGUCCAUCCUGUGGCCCAUCUGGUACCGCUGCCGCCGCCCGAAGCACAUGUCAGCUGUCAUGUGUGCCCUGCUCUGGACCCUGUCCCUACUGCUGAGUGUCCUGGAAGGAAGCUACUGUGGCUUCCUGAUGAGGAAUCGUGACCAGACUUGGUGUCAGACAUUUGAUUUCAUCAUUUUCGCCUGGCUGAUUUUGUUAUGUGUGCUCCUCUCUGGGUGCAGCCUGGCCCUGCUGAGCAGGCUGUGCGGCUCCCGGCGGCUGCAGCCCACCAGGCUCUAUGUGGUCAUCCUGCUGGUAGUCCUGGUCUUCCUCCUCUGUGGCCUGCCUUUUGGCUUCAAGUGGUUUCUGUGUUACUGGGUUGAGAAACUUUGCAGUAAAACGUUUUCAUACUUUCUGACAGUGACUGGGUUUGUCCUGUCUGGCCUUAACAGCAGUGCCAACCCCAUCAUUUACUUUUUUGUUGGCUCCUUUAGGCAGCAGUGGCAGCUGCAGCAGACCCUCAAGCGGGUUCUCCAGAGGGCUCUGGAGGACAUGGCUGAGGUGGAAAAAGUGGAGGAAGCCUUCCGCAGGAAACCAAAGAGAGUUCAGGAAGCAGUUUCACGUAGUGAUUCUCCAUCAAGCAGGGUUCCGUCAGAGAAGUAAUACUUAUAGAAGUUUACAUAUAUAAUUAUGUAAGACAUUUAUAUAGUGUAAGGAGAUGAUAUACGUACAUACAUAUAUACUCAAAUGUGGUUUAACUGUCUCUGUUUGCUGAGCUGCUGCUUGUCUCUGUUUGCAAGGC